ACGACCUGACUGGUCCCUGGAACGCGACUGAGUCGGCCGCAGGGCGCCAUCUGGCUGCUGGAGGUUCCAGUGCGGCGUCACCCGGGCCGUCUAAGGGCGUGAACAGAGACAGAGAGAGAGAGACUUUAAAAGCGGAGCGUUGGGUCGGCAGCUGAUCACACCGUUUUCCAUCGCUAAGAGUGCCGUAUGCUCAUCUCGAACGCGCAGCGUCAGUGAAAGUGAAUCGGCCAGUUCUUCUUUUUUUUUGCAUCUUUCUUCGCCUCGAGUGUAGAGCGGACUAUAACCACAAUGAAAUCGGCGUUACUGAUUUUAACGGCGUUGCUGAUGCAAUGGGCAGAGUGUAAGGCUGUCGCGGCCGAAACCUCUACUGGCGAUGCCGCCUCGACCUGGGACAGCUGCUUGAAGAAAGACUCGAUACAGUGUAUGCAGCUAGUGGCGUACCGCAACAUUAGAGCUUUCUUCGACCGGGACAGUAUCCCACUGGUGACUGGGCUGUCACUGGUGCGCGAGGCUGAAGUAGGGUCUGCUGUGUCGUCGACGUCAGCAGCACGAGAGUUGGGUCGCCAGGUGGAAGAAGCGCAAGACGUGUCGUCGCGCGAACAGGCGCUAGAGCAGUUCGCUCUGGGCGAGGCGGCAGCCUUUGUCCGAGAGCGCAGCCUGCGAGUCGACCUGCCGCAGCUGGCGAGGGCCACCGCCAGGGCCAUCGCGGACCGCCUGCCCACGGAUGUGCGCACCAAGAUCUCCGAGCUCAUCACUGAAGGGCGAGGGAAGAAGAAGGCGCUGAAGGUGCUGCUGCCGAUCCUGCUGGUGGCGGGAGUGAAGGCGGCGGGCGCGGUGGCGCUGUCCGUGCUGGGCCUGGCGCUGCUGGCCAAGAAGGCGCUGCUGGUGUCGACGCUGGCGCUGCUGGUCGCGGGCGCGCUCGUCGUGCUCAAGCUGGUGUCGCAGAGCCGCCACCCGCAGCACGAGGUGCACGAGGCGCGGCCGGUGCCCGUCGCCGCUGUCGUCGGCGGGCCUUACAGCUACGGCGCCGUGGGCGGCGGUGGCUACCCGGUGGGCGGCGGCGUCGCCUACGAAAGCACCGGCUACAGCCACGGCGAGUUCAGCGCGCACCCGGCGCCCGUCGCGGCGCACUCGCUCGCCUACAGCGCCCACAAACCUGUGCGGAGGUAG